AUGAAAAAACACACAUAAACAGAGAAUUGCAGACAAAAUCAAGAAGUAAAAUAUAUUUGUUGAGAGAUUAGGGUUUUGAAACAAAAAAAUUGAAAAUUGGGUGGGUAAAUAAAUGAUGAAUGGGAAGAGAUAUCAUCAUUAUCAUCAUCAUGUGUAUGAUGAAAUGGGUGAGAUAAAGAAAGGGCCAUGGAAGGCUGAAGAAGAUGAAGUUCUGAUAAACCAUGUGAAGAAGUAUGGUCCCAGAGAUUGGAGCUCCAUUCGAUCCAAAGGCCUUUUGCAACGCACUGGCAAGUCUUGUCGCCUUCGUUGGGUUAAUAAACUCAGACCCAACUUGAAGAAUGGAGUAAAGUUUUCAGCAGAGGAGGAGAGGAUAGUGAUAGAACUUCAGGCAGAAUUUGGGAACAAGUGGGCAAGAAUAGCUACGUAUUUGCCGGGAAGGACGGACAAUGAUGUGAAGAAUUUCUGGAGCAGUAGGCAGAAGAGAUUGGCCAGGAUUCUGCAGACACCCACAACAUCAUCCAAAUUAGAGAAGAACAGAAGUGCAGUUGCUGUUCUUCAUCAUGCACCAUCUCUGGAGGCACCCAAGUUCAGUUCUUCAACAGAAGAAGAAUCGUCCUCUAAGUCCCAGUUUUGCUCAUCGUCGCACUUUGAUAACUCUGAAAUGAUCAAAAUGGUGCCUUUACCUGACCUAAUGAACCCCAACUUGCUUAAUUUUGAUCCUAACCUUCUUCAAUUACAGUUCACCCCUUCUGAGGAGAAUAUAUGCAAUGAGUCACAACCACAGUUCCCAUUCAGUGUGCUUCCGCCACCACUCCAAUCCGUCCUACCACUAUCGUUUGAAAGCCAAGAACUUGUUACUAGGCUCGAGGAUCCUAACUUCUUGGAUGCGUUUGGGCAUGCCGAUGCUUCUGAACUUGGAAGUGUAGCACACAUUCAACUAGUGCAGCCAUAUUGUGGACAGGAAGGAGAUUGUCAAAAUGGCGGUAGGGGGGAAAAUGACAACCCCAUGACACCAGACAGCUUCUUCGAUGACUUCCCAGCAGACAUGUUUGAUCAUAUUGAGCCACUUCCAAGCCCAUCAGAUUGGUGAUUUGUUGAUUUACUCUUUUUAGUUACAAAUUUGAUGAAGUGUUGUAUGAAAACGUUACGUUACUGCUAUUCUUUGUACUUCCUGCUGAUCUAGAAUUGAUAAUUUCACUCUUAUUUUUCAUGGAUCGACUCAUUUGACAUAUAAAUUUGU